CUUCAUUCAGAGACACGUUGCUCUGCUCGUCCCCCGUACUCGCCCCCGGUACUCGUCCCCCGUACUCGUCCCCCGUACUUGUCCCUUGACUCGUAGAGUGACUCUUGAUUUGGGCCUUUCGUUCUCUCGACGGCCGUCAUCAACCGACCAUGGCUCCCCAGACAUCCUUCAUGACGGUCAACUUUGAUCAGUACAACCCCAACUCAGAAAAGGGAACAGACACCAGAGCAUCACUUGCGUCGCUGGACUAUUCCCCCCUUCGCCGCCUGACAUGGAGGUCUUUCGUCAUGGGCGUCCUCGUGUCGAUGGGCGGUUUGAUCUUCGGUUACGACACUGGUCAAAUUUCAGGUUUUCUUGAGAUGCCCGAUUUCCUCGAUCGUUUCGGGCAGCGCAAGCCUGAUGGAACACCGUAUUUCAGCAACGUCAGAUCUGGUCUGAUUGUCGCUCUGUUGUCGAUUGGCACGUUGAUUGGCGCCUUGGUGGCAGCUCCCAUCGCUGACCGCAUCGGCCGUCGGAUGUCCAUUUCCGUCUGGUGCCUCGUCGUCGCUGUCGGUUUUGUGAUCCAGAUUGCUGCCAAUACCAGCUGGGUUGAGGUCAUGGUCGGCCGUCUCGUCGCCGGUUUUGGGGUUGGUGCUCUGAGUUUGCUCGUCCCAAUGUAUCAGGCCGAGACAUCCCCACCGUGGAUUCGAGGAGCCCUGGUUUGCACAUAUCAGCUGUUUAUCACGCUGGGCAUCUUCCUGGCCGCCUGCUUCAACUAUGGCACGUACACCCAUCAAAAGUCGAAUUCCGGCUCGUGGCGCAUCGUCAUUGGACUCGGCUGGCUUUGGACCAUCAUGCUUGGUGUCGGCAUUCUCUUCUUCCCGGAAACGCCUCGAUAUGACUACCGCAAGGGACAGACGGAGCGUGCCAAGGAGACGUUGAUGAAGGUCUACGGUGCCCCUGCACAUCAUUACAGCAUCCACGUGCAGAUGGAGGAGAUUGAAAACAAACUUCGUGCCGAAGUGCAGACCAAGGGCAACCCUGUCAGCGAAUUCGUCGGCAUGUGCAGGGCACCUCGCAUGGGGUACAGAAUCUUGUUGGGCAUGGGCCUCCAGAUGUUCCAGCAACUGACGGGAGCCAAUUACUUCUUCUACUACGGCACCACCAUCUUCCAGUCGGUGCAAAUCAGCUCGUUCGUGACGCAGAUGAUCUUGAACGGCAUCAACUGGGGAGUCACCUUCAUCGGAUUGUACCUUGUCGAGCAUUACGGCCGGAGAAAGUCACUCAUUGCGGGGAGUAUGUGGAUGUUCGUGUGCUUCAUGAUCUUUGCUUCCGUGGGACACUUUGUUCUGGAUAUCGAUGAACCGGCCAACACUCCUCAGGCCGGAGUGGCCCUCAUCGUCUUUGCGUGUCUUUUCAUCCUGGGUUAUGCCACGACCUGGGGACCCAUGGUUUGGACGAUUCAAGCAGAAAUCUACCCGUCCAAGUACCGGGCCAAGGCCAUGUCAAUUGCGACCGCCAGCAAUUGGACUUGGAACUUCCUGAUUGCUUUUUUCACCCCGUUCAUCACGGGCGCCAUCGAUUUCAGGUAUGGCUAUGUCUUUGCAGCCUGUAACGUCACCGCAGGUAUCCUGGUCUACUUCUUCGUCAUCGAAGGGCAAGGUCGUACGCUCGAGGAAAUCGACACGAUGUAUCUGGAGCACGUUCCCCCGAGAAAGAGUGCCAAAUGGGUCCCGCCGCCGGCUGCUGAGAUGGCCAGGAUUCAGAGAGAGGCAGGUACGGCGGACGCCCCGGUGACAGAAGAACGAGGUAUUUAUAGCGGUGAGACGGAACGAAACGAUCUUGCCGGGGAAAGCAACAAGGGGGCUCAACAGGAAGAAUAUGUUUGAAACAAAGUUACAAAUCUGAGCCGAGAUGACCUGCAACAACAGUAGACUGUCUUCCAGAAAGAAAGGUUUUAAUACAUGGGGGAUGAUGGUUGAGAUAUCUCGAUUCGAGCAUCACCUGAAAUGUCGAUCUCGAAUUUGACAGUUCGUGAUGACGGCAAAAUUGAACUGCAUAAUAGUUUGAAUGAAACGAAAACAAGCAAUGGAUGAAAGGUGACUUCUAUUUGUGUAUAUUGGAUAUUCGUGGAACAGAAUAAAAUUAAAUCGUCGGAGGCAUGUUUGGGAUGUGCUGCUCGGGAGAC